GAACUUCCUAAUAAGGCACCAGAAUGGAGAGACUGGACAUGAAGGCAUCAUUGGCUUUCAAACAUUAAUAAUACCCUGACAGACUGGACAUGAAGGCUGCUCUAUAGUGCUUGGAGGAGAUAUCUGCAAGUGUUCAAUUGAUCCAGAAUAAUGUACAUCAUGUUGGUGAUGUGUAGUCAUCGGCCCAAAGUGGCCCACUUGUAGACAACUGAGAAUUAGGAGACCAGAUUAGGGUUUCGGCCGGCCCAAAUGGUUUUAAGCCCAGUUUGCUAUAACUUGUCCAGCAAGGGUUAAACCCUAAUUAGUUGUCUAUAUAUUUGAUCUCAUGUACUUGUAAUCAUCAUCACUCAAUAAUACAAACCCUAGUUGCCCCUGUGGAUGUAGGUCAGAUUAGACCGAACCACGUUAAAUCUCGUGUUCUCUAUUGCUUUCUUGCUUUCUAUUCGUGUGUGUGUGCUUUUGUUCUUAACAACUGGUAUCAGAGACUAGGUCAUACACACAGAUCUGCCUCCACUGCCAACCCUAGCGACUCUAGGGUUUCUGCCGACACAUCAGAAGACCACCGAGAUAGUCAUCUGUGGGCAGUCCGAACAACCUUGCUGUUCAGUUUGCUGUUGCAAUUUUCGAGAAGACAUGGUGUCUGAGGACGGAAAGAUCAGGAUAGAGAAGUUUGAUGGGCAAGAUUUUGGAUGGUGGAAGAUGCAAGUCGAGGACUUGCUAUGUCAGAAAGAUCUUCUUCCAUGUUUGACAGGUCAGAAACCCGAGAAGAUGAAGGAUGAAGAAUGGGCUGACUUGGAUAGAAAAGCCCUAGCCGUCAUCAGGUGCACUUUGACAAAGAGUGUGGCUUUCAACAUNGUGAAAGAGACCACUGCUCGUGGGGUUAUGACAACGUUGUCAAACAUGUAUGAGAAACCUUCCGCGUCUAAUAAGGUAUUCUUGAUUAGACAGUUAGUUAACACUCGUAUGCGGGAAGGUGGUUCUGUUACUACUCAUAUCAAUGUUUUCAAUACCAUUAUAUCCCGGUUGCUGUCAGUAGAUAUCAAAUUUGAUGAUGAGGUACAAGCUUUGCUUCUUUUAUCUUCUUUACCGGAUAGUUGGUCAGGAUCAGUCACGGCUAUUAGUGGUUCAGCUGGAAACACCACACUCACGUUUGAGGGAAUCCGUGAUUUUAUCCUAGGAGAAGACAUCAGGAGAAAGAAUACAGGUGAACCAUCAAGUUCUCUGCUGAGCACUGAGGGAAGAGGUAGAAAGAAAGAGAGGAGAAACAGUUACAGGGGAAGAUCUAAGUCCAAAGGCAGGAGAGGGAGUUCAAAGACAAGAAGUGACAUCAAGUGUUGGAACUGAUGAGUACGGACACUUCAAAAAUCAGUGCACCAAACCACCUAGCGACAAGAAAGAGGUGAAUGCUGCCACAACCUCAGAUUCUGACGAUGUAUUAAUCUGCUGUGUAGAGGACACAGUCGAUUCCUGGAUUAUGGACUCAGGUGCGUCGUUUCAUGCCAUCUCUAGUUCGAGAAAGAUGAAGAAUCUCAGACAAGGCAACUUUGGU